AUGGAGGAGAAUAACCAAGUAAUAAGAAAAUCAAUAUCAAGAAUUGAAAGUAUAUCAAAUCAUUUACAAGUUGUUAAUGUCGCUGUAACUGAACAACAACAACAACAACAACAAGUAAAAGAUCAAGUAAAUGUUGGUGGUAGCGUAGAUUACUAUGGUUUAAAUGAUUUAUUGAAUGAUAAAGAAAGAUUAAUUAGAAAACAAGCAAAACAAUUUGCUGAAUCUAAAAUAUUACCAAUUGCAAAUAAAUAUUAUGAAAAAGCAGAAUUCCCAUUUGAAUUGAUACCAUUAUUAAAACAAUUAAAAUGGGCAGGAGGUAAUAUAAAAGGAUAUCAAUGUCCUGGAAUGACAGCAACAGAGUUGGGUAUGAUUGCAAUGGAAUUUGCAAAGGUAUCGGCUGAUAUUGCAACCUUUUAUUCUAUACUUCAAACCAUCUCAAUGUUGCCCAUCUACUAUUGUGGCAGUGAACUACAAAAACUAAAAUACUUGCCAAAGAUGGCUGCUAUGGAUUCGAUUGGAUGUUUUGGUUUGACAGAGCCAUUGGCUGGAUCAGAUGCAUCUGGACUAUUGUGUGAAGCUCGUAAAGUUGAUAAUGGAUGGAUACUCAAUGGAGAGAAACGUUGGAUUGGCAAUGCUCCCUUUGCAGACAUUAUCAUUGUUUGGGCACGUGACACCGAGUCAAAGAAAAUUAAAGGUUUCAUCGUUGAAAAAGGUACACCAGGUUUAAAUGUUGAAACUAUUAAUAACAAAAUAUCUCUUAGAAUGGUUCAAAAUGGACAUAUAUAUUUUAAAGAAUGUUUAAUAUCAGAUGAUCAAAGAUUACCAAAUGCAAAUGAUUUUAAUAGUGGACCUGGUAAAUGUUUGUUUUUAACUAGAAUCAUGGCAGCAUGGAUUUCAUUGGGUGUAGCUGCCAAUGCCUAUGAAUCAUGUUUCAAAUAUGUACAAUCUAGAAAACAAUUUGGAACACCUCUGUCUAAAUUCCAAUUGAUCCAAGAACGGCUGGUAAAGAUGUUGGGUAAUCUCCAAGCAAUGACACUCAUGUGUCUACGUGUCUCUCAUCUCUUUGACCAACAGAAACUAAGUUAUGGACAAAUUGGAUUACUCAAAGCCUAUUGCACAAGUCACGGUCGUGAAAUUGUUAGUCUUGCUCGUGAAUGUGUCGGUGGUAAUGGUAUUGUCACCGAUUAUGGUGUGGCUCGUAGUUUUGUUGAUAUGGAAGCUAUCCAUACUUUUGAAGGUUCCUAUGAUAUCAAUACUUUAAUUGCUGCUCGUGAAAUUACUGGUCAUUCAUCUUUUCGUUAA